UGUUAAGAGAUCAAGAAUGUGGGACUGCGGUUGUAACUUCGGCCACUCAUGGUUGAAGCUGCACCUACCUUACCUGGGUAUACCUAGUAUACUGCAGUAUACCUUCCUGGAUUAUACCUGGAUUAUACCUGGGUACGUAACUCGAUCUUGCCCAAUCAGCCAAUCUAACCCAUUCAAGGGGGAAGAACGGUGGCAGGGUGGCUUUCUCCAAAUUCCACGAUCUCCCCAGUUAUGGCAUUACAUAGUACAAGCUUUGCUUCCCAUGUGCCUCUUCGUACCGCACGACGGGCGAAAAGGAACAUGGGUUAGUUUGAAGUUUCGGGCAAUUAGGCCUGUCGUGAGCAAUCUCUAUUUACGUCCCCGUUGUCGAUCAUCUAUACUUAUACCGUAAGGUAGUUACAUUAUCACCGAACGUAGAUCAGCCCCAUCUUCUACCGACCUUCUAAGAAAGUGCACAUAUCCGAUUCCCAUCUAUAAAACAACCCUCCUCCCCAUCCAUCUGCUUCCAACUGUAAUUUAACAUAUCCAACUGCAUACCGAGGUAGCCAAGGUGAUUCACCUGUAAAGAUCGGGAAAAGGUUUUUUGUUUUUUCGAAUUAUAAACACGCUCGCUUCGACACUUUCGCUCGCUAUCUACUUAUCCUAAGGAAUCUAAGGAAUAAUAUACCCAAACAAAACCUACCAGUUACUUAAUAAUGGCACCUCUACGCGUUCUCGUUCUUCCGGCUCUCGCCGCCGUCGCCACCGCCAUCAACAUAGCUGACUACGUCCCGGCUUGCGGACCCCCGUGUAUCACUGAGACCGUCGACAAGCACACUACUUGCGAUGAGGGCGACAACACUUGUAUCUGCGCCGCCGUCUACACCGUCAAGCGCGACGGUGAGAUCUGCCUGCGAAGUGAUUGCUCUGCGACCGACUAUGGUAGUGUCAUGAAGGGCAUCGAUACCUUCUGUGCCGACGUCGCCGCUGGCCCAACUGGGUCCUCUACCAGCUCAACCCCUGAGCCUACUCCUGAACCUACCAGCAGCUCUUCCGCCGGCUACCCGACGUUGCCGCCGUCUUCUUCUUCUGAGGAGACCAGCUCUACUGAGGCCCCGAGCUCUAGCUCCAGCGGUGGUUACCCCACGGAGUCUCCUUCCAGCUCCACCGAGGUGCCCAGCUCCAGCUCUGCUGGUGGCUACCCUACUCAGUCUCCCUCCAGCUCGGAGACCGCCGCCCCGCCUUCUUCCUCUUCCCCGGCUCCCCCGGUGUCUUCGGGAACUGGCUACCCUACCGUGCCCACUGGCACUGGCGUCCCUACCACCCCCGUCCCUUCCGGAUCCAGCACCCCUGCUCCCAGUGGCUCGUCUUCCGGUGGCCAGGUCCCUACUGGACCUUCUUCCAUUCCCUCAGGCUACUCUUCCAGCGCCCCCUCCGGCAGCGCGACCGCCACUCCCGUUGCCCCUGGAGCCGGAGCCCGCGCCGAGGCUCGUCUCGGUGCCAGCGUGGCUGCUCUCGUCAUCGCCAGCGGAAUCAUGUACUUCGCCUUCUAAGCCCCAUCUCCUUUUUGACCUAGGUCGUGCGAGCUUGUGGUUUCUCGGGAAGAAUCAUGUGGUAGCCUAUUAAUGCCGUGGUGAGAAAAUGGGAACGAGUUUUUUAUACAUACUGUCGGCCGCACCUCCUAGUUGAGGGAUGGAACUCUUCGCUUCUGAAAAAUUGUAGAUAGCCCUUGUGCACAUGCGUUUGCGUUAGGCAUGUGAGUAUAUAUUGAAUACAUAUGCAUUGUUACGGUUCUUUUUUCAUAUUAGACUCAGCA